AUGAUUCACUGGAAAAGAUCCCAAUAUUUCCUUCAGGAUACUAACAUCAGAUUUAGAAUAAUGGGAAAAAGGAAGUCAAUUAAUCUAGCAAAAUUGUAUCCGCAUCCCUUACCAAUUACUAUAUCUAAUGAGCGGUAUGGCCCUCUUCCUUCGUUAUUCCUUCAUAAUCCUAUCUCUUGGCUAUGGUUCGCAAUCAGAUACUUUCAUAUACAAUAUCAGCAUGUUCCCCAGUCUCAAGUCACCAAAAUAAACGUUGAUUAUGAAGAUGGUAUAUUUAUGGUCAAAGAUGAGUUAGACAUGCAGAGAUUAUGGCGAAACGGAUUUUUUGGGAAGGGCGCAUUCUCCAGAUCUGAGCCAUCAUGGAUUCAAAGGACUAGUCGACGACUCAACUUGACUCAUUUUAGUGAUGUUAUGGCCAUUGAAGAAGUUACGACUGCUCGGAGAAAUGAAAGAAGAAAAUUCAAAGGUUUGAGGUCUGAAUAUCAAGCUCUAGAGGCUAAGAAUAGAGCGAACCCUUUAGAUGAAACCGAAAUGACUGACGCUGAAGAGAUCAGAAUACAGCUAGAUAAUUACAGGGAUAACUUAACUGAACCUAAUAUACCCCAAUCGGAUUUCGACAUUAUAAGUGUUAGGGAAGAAGACAAAGAAAUCAUAAACCAAGAAACGAAAUCUAUAGUGAAAAAUUUAGAGUUUUUGCAAUUGGAUUCGUACGAAGCUUUCUUCUUGAAAUCAGCGUUGAAUGUCAUAGAUAUUUACUGGGCAAAUCAACUUUGUUCUUUGUAUCACUUGCUUGAAGAACUCUGUGAUGGCUAUCCUCGCCCCAGCAGUCCUUUUAUAUUGAGAUAUGUUGUUUAUCAUCAUUUUCGAUCUUUAGGUUGGUGCGUAAGGUCAGGAGUCAAAUUUGGAUGUGACAUGCUACUUUAUAGAAGAGGACCACCAUUCAGUCAUGCCGAUCAUUCAGUGGUUGUCAUGCCUUGUGAUGGGAGUGACAAAAUUAAUUGGUAUAAUAUGAGCGCUGUUCUAAGAGUUAUGGGUACUGUUAAGAAGAAUUUAGUUCUCGUAUUUGUCGAUGUUCCAGCUGAGGCGAGAUUUUAUUCUCUACUUCAAAAAGUAUCUAACGAUAGUGAAAAGGGAUGGCUUGAUAGCUUAUUGAAACAAUUCAAAGUAACGGAAAUUGUUCUUCGCAGAUGGGUUCCAAGUAAAACUCGAGAUUAG